UUGACAAGUUGUUGAAGGAAAACACCGACGUGAUUAAGCUGACUCUUAUUUACAAAAGUGAAAUAAGUAAAUAAAGCGAAAGAUUUUCUCAUCACAAGUGUCGAUCGGCGUAAGUUGAUUAACAUAAAAUAUUUGCACAGAAAUAGUAGUACUAUCGGUGGUAGUCCCGUACAUUGAAGUGAAGAAAUGUUUAUUUGCCGCAAAUACAUUGGACAAAGUGCGUGCAAAAGAUUGACAAUAAUCAGAAGAAUGUCAACGGAAGCGAAUAGUAAAUCAAACCGCAUUGCGAUAUGCCACAUGCGAUCAACCAAUGACCCUGAAAAGAAUCGGUCACAAGUAACCGAUAUUGUGCAGAAGGCAAAGGAGCUGAAUGCUAAUUUUAUAUUUUUACCAGAAUGCUGUGACUAUGUGGGUGGAAAUGUACCUGAAACGCUAAAAUUAUCUCAGACAAUCGAUGGCGACACGAUGUCAUACUACAAGAAUUUAUCGAAAUCGAAUAAAGUCUGGCUGUCCAUUGGUGGAUUCCAUGAGAAGGUCCCGAAAACGAAUGACUCCGAAAGUGACAAAAUCUUCAAUUCACACGUGAUUGUAAACGAUGAGGGCGGAAUCGUUGGUAACUACAGAAAACUCCAUUUAUUUGAUGUCGACACUCCGGAAUUUAAAUUUCGUGAAUCGAAGAUUGUUGAAGGAGGGCGCUCCAUUUUAGCACCAAUUCCAUCGCCCAUUGGUAAUGUCGGUGUCAUGAUAUGUUACGACCUUCGAUUCCCCGAAUUGAGCACACUACUGCGUAAACAAGGUGCUGAGAUCUUAACAUAUCCUUCCGCAUUUGCAUACACAACCGGUGAAGCGCAUUGGGAAACUUUACUCAGGGCACGUGCCAUCGAAAAUCAAUGCUUUGUCGUAGCAUCCGCACAAAUUGGAUACCACAACGAGAAGAGACGAAGUUAUGGAAAUGCAAUGGUCGUCAACCCUUGGGGUAAAAUCAUAGCCAAAUGCGAUAAUGACAAAGACGUAGACGUCGCUGUCGCUGACAUUGAUCUGCAAGUUGCGGUUAAAGUUCGUCAAAAUAUGCCUUGCUUGGAGCAUCGUCGCAAUGACAUAUAUUCGUUGUCUGUGAUGCCGGAGAAAUUCCAACCAUCGACAACGGAUUUUGUAUUCGAAAAGUAUCCCAUUCCCGUUGGAACCAUUUUCUAUCAGUCGAACCACAGUUUGGCUUUCACAAACAUUCGCUGCGUUGUACCCGGACAUGUCCUAGUCGCCUCCCGACGACCGGCCAACCGUCUUAAAGACCUUACACCGGAAGAAGUGACUGACUUUUUUCGUACAGUUUGUCUGGUUCAAAAAAUGUCGGAGAGUUAUCAUCAAACAUGCUCGGCUACUGUUACUGUACAGGAUGGAGAGUUUGCUGGACAAACUGUGAAACACCUUCAUUGCCAUAUAAUGCCCAGACGUAAGGGUGAUUUUAAGUUUAAUGACGAAAUUUAUGUGAAAUUGGCUCAGCACGAUGCACAUAACCAGGAUCCAUCCACGCGUCGAAGUAACGAAGAAAUGUGUGCGGAAGCGUCGGAGUACCGUAAAUUAUUUGCUUCAAAGAACUUUGACUGAUCGAAUAAAUUGCUUUCGACGAAUAU